GUCCUCGAGUAGCGCUAGAAGAAGUGGUGUAGUGCGUGGUCGCAGAACAAACAACGCGCACACCAAGCAGCACAGACCACAACACUUUGGUACAACGCUCACUUGACUUGCUUUGCUCAAUUGUUGUCAGGCUUCAGCUUGGAGACCAAGGCGUACCAAACCCUUGCUACUAGCUCGCGGCCAUGGAGGCUGCUUCUGCCUCUACAGCACAGGGAGCUAGAUCGCCGCGGCUCACAAGACCGCCGAAUAAUGCGUCUCAAUCGUCGCUGACCUCGUUCACAAGCUAUUUUGGGGCUACUUCACAUGUGAGGGACCAGCAUACUAUGCCAAGCACAAGCUCAGCAGAUUUAGACCCAAUUUCGCUGAUACAAAAAUCGUUUGUGCCUCAUAUACCUGUGGUGGCAUCAGAUGAUGCAAACGAGCUAGCACAACGCAAGGGCUUCCACAGCUUCUUCGAUAUGCUGCGUCCCUUUGGACAAAAGGUCGAGGGCAAGGUGUCUGUGCGAGAUACCAAUGGGCAGCUCAAUACGAUCUCGGACUUCAACGUCAACUUCACCGAAUUAGGCCCUGCAUUCGACAUGCUUCAUUAUGGUCAAAGCGAUCUCGAUAGGCCAGGAACGAGACCAAAGGCGCAAUAUAUGCCAGGAGGUGAUCUUGUCGCCUUGGAACGCCAAAUAGAGGCCGAAAUGACACGAGCAGGCGAGUCAAUAGAGCAAUUUGAGGGCCAGGACGCCUCUGCUUCAACCGGCUCGAGCCAGUACUACGCGUCUUUCAUCCAAAGUCUGCUCUCUGGACUACUCACAAGUCCGCAUGAAACCUUUGCACAUCCCGUCGCGAGCUGCAUUGCCAUCUCAUCGCACAACGAUACACCCAUUCAGACAUUAGUAGCCCUCUACAAGUCUGGCAGCGAGAAGCUUCCAAGCUUUGUUGACAAGGAGUUUCUCCGAUAUUAUGUGCUGGUCCAUGACGAGGACGAGCACUCACUAGAUGAUUCUCUGCAGCUCUUUGAAAAGAUGAAGCGCAGUUUUGGCAACCACUGUCAUAUGCUUCGCUUAUCGUCCUCAAAAGUCACUCGCGAGAAUCCACAGGUAUCGCUUGUCCCAGCAAUUGAGCGUCGCUCUGCUCCCGAACAUCUUCGUAAUAAGUGGCAAUCUGGUCGCAAUAACAGCUUCAUCAAUAAUGCGCCACAGGAAGAUACGACAAUUAUCGACCAAGACCACUUUCUGCCAGAUGUGGACUUUGCCGCUAUGCAAGCUCUUGUUCGAGACAUGACUGUAUCUUCUAUCGCGCCAUACAUGGAACGCUGUAUCUUUCAUUGGAACGAUCAAGUAGCUGGACCUCGUCGCGGCCUCGCUGGUCGAUUCUUCAAAGCUGGACGCAGUAUCUUUGGCGCCUCACGGACGGCGACUCCAGCGACUGGCAAUGGCAAUUACGACUCACAGACCUCGUCGUACCCACCCACCACACCAGAGGCCCAACUCCGUCGAUUGGCCGAUUUUGCAUUCAUGCUACGUGACUGGAAACUCGCGAAUAACGUCUAUGACAUGCUUAGGAAGGAUUACUCCAAUGAUAAAGCAUGGCGGCAUCAUGCUGGUGCACAGGAAAUGUACAUCAUCUCCUUACUGCUCAUCAACCAACCCAUCACCACCAAAGUUCGCGUUGAUACUAUCGAUCCAACACUCGACGCUGCCAUGUACUCGUACCUGUCGAGAUGCUCCUCACCUUACUCUGCGCUUCGAGCAAUUUUGCUGACUGCAGAGUUACUGCGGAUACGACCGCAUGGUGCAAAAGAUGAUGCUGCACGUUACAUCAUGCGCGCUAUGGACUCUCAAAUUUGUGGUGAGAUGACACGUGCAUUAUUGGUAGAGCGUGUUGCUACUUGUUUUGCAACAGGUGAGGGUGCUGUUCCAUUUGCAGCGCGAACGCAUUGGUCUGGUUCAAGACAACGCAAAGCUGCCUUUUGGCGCAUCUUAGCGGCUGAGCAUUGGUCAACGAUUGGUAAAUAUCGAUUGGCAAGAGUAGCACUGGAAGAAGCCCUGAUGGUGUAUGGAAAUACAGAAUUGCAAAGUUGGGUAGCGAUUCAGGGGACUAUCAAGAUGCUGAAGACGGAGACUGGCUUGACGUCUGAAUUCUUGCUCACACCUGCACAAGCUGAGGUGACUGCUAGAAAUAGCGCAGCACGCAAAGAAAAGGUCAAGUCGCCCUUGUCAGUUGAGCAAGAUAGUGCUGCGCUUGAUGACGGAGAUGCUCUGCCGGAAGGUAUGGAGAAGGUUGAGAUCGACAGUCCUGUGCCUGCUCUACAGGGAGAGCCUGCCUCAGAAUCUAAACAUGUGCCCAGCGCGGCAAAUGUCGAGAUGCACAACUCGCCAGCAAAAGAGCAGACAAUCUCAGAGACAGAGGCAUUGGCGGAAGUUGCUUCCAAAAGUGACGAACAUGGAGCCGCGCCUUCAAUAUGACACACAUGCAAUUCUCACCCGCUAUGAAUAUAUAGUCGCUUAGCUAGUAGGCUCUAGACAGAUCUACAGCAGAGUGAUCUGUCAACGGCUGUCAAAAUUGCAACCAGGAGCUCG